UCAUGAAGUUCGGAACAAAAAGCGGAUGAAACAGAAUAGGGGAAAAUAGAAAUGGAGUAGCCAGUCGGUUUGUCAUCAUAGAUUUGAAAAGACAGUAGAAACCUGUAUUAGACAUGACGGCUACAAUGGCAGAAAAUGCAACGGACUAUUGAGUUUUAUUUAAUCUAGUGACCCGUUUCAUAUUGACAAUCAGCUGAUUAUUGGGGCUAGCCUCUUGACUGAAGAGCUAACGGUUAGCCAGGCAGCUAACUAGGGAGGAUUCCUUGUUCCAGUAGGUUAUGUCAGAUCAAUUGUGAGACGCAAGCCAGCUGUAGCUAACCAGUCGGUCAGUUAGCUCACCAGUUCAACCAGAAGAACGCCGAGCAUUUCGAAGAUGGACUCCAUAUGAAAGAAAAUGCCGCUCCUGGUGCGCGCUGAAUAAAACGGGGAAGAAAGAAGUCAAUUUUCCUGCCCAGGCCAGUCAGCUAGCUGAAGCUAGCUACAGUGGAUGCCUUAAACCACGGCGCUGGCCAUGCCGUCCAGUGUGCGGGCUGGGAGCCUGAAGGAUCCGGAGGUGGCGGAGCUCUUCUUCAGGGAGGACCCCGAGAAACUCUUUCAGGACCUCCGAGAGAUCGGACAUGGCAGCUUCGGGGCCGUCUACUUCGCUACAGACAUCCGCAGCAAUGAGGUGGUGGCCAUCAAGAAGAUGUCCUACAGUGGCAAGCAGAGCAACGAGAAAUGGCAGGAUAUUAUCAAAGAGGUGAAGUUUCUUCAGAAGCUUCGUCACCCCAACACUGUCGAGUACAAAGGAUGCUACCUGCGAGAACACACAGCAUGGCUGGUGAUGGAGUAUUGUCUUGGUUCAGCUUCAGACCUGCUGGAAGUCCACAAGAAGCCCCUGCAGGAGGUGGAGAUUGCGGCCAUUACCCAUGGUGCAUUGCAGGGCCUGGUCUAUCUGCACUCCCACAAUAUGAUCCACAGGGAUGUGAAGGCGGGUAACAUCCUCCUGACUGAGCCUGGCCAAGUCAAGCUGGGAGACUUUGGCUCCGCCUCCAUAGUGGCUCCAGCCAACUCCUUCGUCGGCACCCCCUACUGGAUGGCUCCUGAGGUUAUUCUGGCGAUGGACGAGGGUCAGUACGAUGGCAAAGUGGAUGUCUGGUCACUAGGCAUCACCGCCAUAGAACUGGCGGAGAGGAAGCCUCCCCUGUUCAACAUGAAUGCUAUGAGUGCUUUAUACCACAUCGCACAGAAUGAGAGCCCCGUACUGCAGAGCAACCACUGGUCGGAGUAUUUCCGUAACUUUGUGGACUCGUGUCUCCAGAAGAUCCACCAGGACAGACCGACCUCCGACGUACUGCUCAAGCAUCACUUCGUGUGUCGUGAGCGGCCCCACACUGCGGUGAUGGACCUGAUAGCGCGCACCAAGGACGCGGUGCGGGAGCUGGACAACCUGCAGUACCGCAAGAUGAAGAAGAUCCUGUUUCACGAGACGCACAACGGACCCACGCCAGAAGGGCAAGAGGAGGAGGAGGAUGUUGAGCAGUACAUGUUGCGUACGGGGACGGUGAACAGCAUGGAGAGCUCCCAUUCGCUGCCGUCCAUGUCCAUCAGCGCCAGCUCCCAGAGUUCCUCGGUCAACAGCCUGGCGGACGGAUCAGACGACAGCGGAGAGAUGGCCAUGAUGCAGGAAGGAGAACACACCGUCACAUCCAACAGCAGCGUACUGCACAAACCACUGAGCCAUGAUAAUAUCUAUGACGACCCGUACCAGCCCGAGUUGGAUCAGCAGCUUCAGGGCGUGUCAUUGGUGGACCGGGUCGACCGGGUGGACCGGGGUGACCGGGGAGGAGGGGGUGCAGGAGGGGGAGGGGGUGGGGGCCGGAGGAGACGCGGCAGGGACCACUUCGCCACCAUACGCACGGCAUCACUCGUCACACGCCAGAUACAGGAGCAUGAGCAGGGCUCGGCGCUGCGGGAGCAGAUGUCGGGCUACAAGCGUAUGCGGCGUCAGCACCAGAAGCAGCUGAUGGCGCUGGAGAACAAGCUGAAGGGGGAGAUGGACGAACACCAGCUCAGACUCGACAAGGAGCUCGAGAACCAGAGGAACAACUUCAGCGGAGAGGCUGACAAACUCAACAAGAAACAGGGAGGACUACUGGACAAGGAGACAAAGGGCGCCCUUACGGAGGAGAAGAAGUUCCAGCAGCACAUCCUGGGCCAGCAGAAGAAGGAGCUCACCAGCCUGCUGGAGUCCCAGAAACGCCAGUACAGGCAGCGCAAGGAGCAACUGAAAGAGGAGCUGAAUGAGAACCAGUCCACCCCUAAGCGGGAGAAGCAGGAGUGGCUGGUGCAGCAGAAGGAGUGUCUCCAGCAGCUGCAGGCGGAGGAAGAGGCGGGGUUGCUACGGCGACAGAGGCAGUACUACGAGCUGCAGUGCCGACAGUACAAGAGGAAGAUGCUGCUCUCAAGACACAACCUCGAACAGGACCUGCUCCGAGAGGACCUGAAUAAGAAGCAGACCCUGAAGGACCUGGAGUGUGCGAUGCUCCUCCGCCACCACGAGUCGACGCAGGAGCUGGAGUUCCGCCAGCUGGGGGCGCUGCAGCGCACGCGUGCGGAACUGAUCCGGGCGCAGCACCAGAGCGAGCUGACCAAUCAGAUGGAGUACAACAAGCGGCGCGAGCAGGAGCUGCGGCAGAAGCACGCGGUGGAGGUCCGCCAGCAGCCCAAGAGCCUCAGAACUAAGGAGCUUCAGAUCAAGCGUCAGUUCCAAGAGACCUGUAAGAUCCAGACGCGGCAGUACAAGGCCCUGCGCAACCACCUGCUGGAGUCCACGCCUAAGAGCGAACACAAGGCGGUGCUGAAGCGUAUAAAGGAGGAGCAGACGAGGAAGUUGGCCAUCUUGGCUGAGCAGUAUGACCACUCCAUCAACGACAUGCUCUCAACGCAGGCUGUGAGUAAGCUGCGAUUGGACGAGACCCAAGAAGCGGAGUACCAGGUGCUGCGCAUGCAGCUGCAGCAGGAGCUUGAGCUCCUCAACGCGUACCAGAGCAAGAUCAAGAUCCACACGGACACCCAGCACGAGAGGGAGCUCAAGGACCUGGAGCAGAGGGUCUCCAUACGCAGAGCACUGCUCGAACAGAGGAUUGAGGAGGAGAUGCUCUCGCUGCAGAAUGAGCGUUCGGAGCGCAUCCGCUCUCUGCUGGAGCGCCAGGCGAGUGAGAUCGAGGCCUUCGACUCGGAGAGCCUCCGCCUGGGCUUCAGCAGCCUGGCCCUCACCGCCAUCCCCUCCGAGGCCUACCCCAAGCCGGGGGGCUACCCCCACCAGCCCGACGCAGGCUACCCCAAGCAGGGCUACCCGUCUGGGGGAGGAGGCCAGACGCCGCGCCCCUCUGGCCACUGGAGCCACGGAGGAGGCGGUGGAGUUGGGAUGGUGCAGCCGCCGUUACCGCACUCCCGCCGCGGGCCCAGCCGAGCAGAGUCCACUUCCUCCGCCGCCUCGUUGUCGUCGGUGACGGGUCACGACCGGGUGCGGGGCCCCGUGAUGAGCGAGGUGUUGAGCCUGGGCCCCCCUCCUCAGCACAUCCCCUCGUCCUCCUCCCGCUCCUCCUCUUCCUCGUCCUCCUCGUCCUCCUCCCAUCACCACCACCACCGCCACCAGCUCCCGCAGCACUACCACCACCAGAGCACGCCGCAGCUGUACCGCGAGCGAGACCGAGACCGGGAGCGCGGCGACCGCGGAGACAGGGGAGACCGCGGCGAUCGAGGAGACCGCGGCGAUCGGGGAGACCGUGGAGGCGUAGGAGGAGGCGGCGACUGGCCCAUGUCCGGGCCGCAUCACCUCUCCUCCUCCUCGCACCACCACCACCCGUCCUCCUCCGCCUUCCCCCACCACCUGCCCUCCCGCUCCUCCUCCCAGUCCCUGGCCAUGCUCCCACCACCUCCCCCUGCGCCUCCCUCCUCUCAUGCCCAACAGCAGGGCUCCUCCGGCGGGUAUAUGGGAGGCUCGUCUGGAGGGUACGGUGGCGGGGGUGUAGGUGGGGGUGGAGGCGGGGGCGGCCUGGUGGUGCGCGGUCCGAGCCUAAUGGCGUUGCGCAACAGCCCCCAGCCCCUGCGGCGGACGGCGUCGGGGGGCGGGGCUGCGGGGAGCGGGGCAGACGGCGUGCUCAGCAGGAGCACCAGCGUCACCUCACACAUCUCGAAUGGCUCACACCUGUCUUACUCUUAGACACACACACACGCACACACCUGUCUUACUCUUAGACACACACACACACACACACGCACACACCUGUCUUACUCUUAGACACACACACACACACACACGCACACACCUGUCUUACUCUUAGACACACACACACACACACGCACACACCUGUCUUACUCUUAGACACACACACGCACACACCUGUCUUACUCUUAGACACACACACACACACACGCACACACCUGUCUUACUCUUAGACACACACACACACACACACACACACACACACACACACACACGCACACACCUGUCUUACUCUUAGACACACACACACACACACACCGGUCUUACUCUUAGACACGCACACACAUACACACACACACACACACAAACCUCUCUCUUACUCUUAAACACACACACACCUCCUACUACUAAAUACACACACACACAGAUAUAUACAUGCCUGUCUUACGCCUAAACACACACACACACACACACACAAGCACACCUAAACACACACACACACAUAUACACACACAAGCACACACAGAUACAGACAUUCUCACAUAUAUACACAUGCCUCUUAUUCUUAAACACACACACAUAGAUGCACACACCUCUCAUACUCCUAAAUACACACACCUCUCUGUCCUACUCCUCAACAUGCACACCGGAGGGUAGAGUGUGUGUGUGUGAGAGAGGGGAGAGAGGGUGUGUAUGAGAGGGAAGAGGGUGUGUGUGAGAGGGUCACCUCACCCCAGAGUUUCUGGAUGUAUGAGGGGAAUUGGGAGGCUCAUACUCCAGAGUGAUGAGGCCUAUGAGUGCGUGUGCAUGUGCGUGUGCAUGCCUGUGUGUGUGUGUGUGUGCGUGCGUGCGUGCGUGCGUUUUGGGAGGGGUGGUGGUAGGGCACUAUGCUCCACUACACUACUUGUAAAGUGUGCGUGCGUGCGUGCAUGCAUAGGGAGUGCGUGCGUGUAUAGGGAGUGCGUCCCCUACUCCUUAAUCACCAGUGUGUGUGUAUUG